UUGUGUUCGGUGGUGAGCUUUGGAGCGGGGACAUUGUAGAGACGGAACUCUUUCACCCCAUUGGACGCCGUCCCUACUUGACGUCUGCGCGGUCUGUGGUGGCAUCGUAUCGCCUGGGGGAAGGGAAGUCGACGGGUUCUCGCAUUGCUGCCUCUGGGUUUCUGUUUUUCUCUUAACAGGGUUUGGUCUCUGGUUCUCCGUCUUUUGUCUGUGGAACGCAUCCUGCCCUCCCCAUUCGCUUCCCCAGUCCUUGGAUCCAGCCCUGUGGGCAUUCACAUCGGCCCUCUCACCCCGCCGUGAGCCCCCUCCCGGUCACGGGGCGGGCCUGGCGCGGAGGCGGUAACUAUGGAGAACAUGGCGGAGGAGGAGCUGCUACCCCUGGAGAAAGAGGAGGUGGCCCAGUUCCUGACCCCGGCCCCGGACUCGGCUCGGGUCCCAGGUUCGGCCCCAGAUUCGGCUCCGACUCCGGCCUCGGCUUCAGUCCCAGCCCUUGCCCAGGCUCCGGCCCUGUCCCCGUCCCUAGCCUCUGCCCCCGAGGAGGCUGAAAGCAAGAGACACAUCUCAAUUCAAAGGCAGCUUGUUGAUCUAGAGAAAUUAGCUUUUGUAAUGGAAGAUUUUGAUUCUGCCAGUUCGCUGAACUCUGAUAAUCUUGUUACAGGAAACAAACAGGCUUGUCCAUUGUGCCCUAAGGAAAAAUUCAGAGCUUGUAACAGUCAUAAGCUUCAUCGGCACCUUCAGAAUUUACACUGGAAAGUCUCAGUAGAAUUUGAAGGUUACAGAAUGUGCAUCUGUCACUUACCGUGUCGACCAGUAAAACCAAACAUUAUUGGAGAACAGAUAGCCAGUAAAAUGGGCGCCCAUUAUCAUUGUAUCAUUUGUUCAGCAACAAUCACCAGAAGAACUGAUAUGCUAGGACAUGUUAGGCGCCAUGUGAAUAAAGGAGAGACUAAAUCCAGUUAUACUGCUGCUUCUACUGCUAAACCGUCUAAUGAAAUUUUGAAAGAGGCAGACACAGAUGUACAAGUUUGUCCUAACUAUUCCAUACCUCAGAAAACAGAUUCCUUUUUUAAUCCCAAAAUGAAACUAAAUCGACAGCUAAUAUUCUGUACAUUGGCUGCUUUGGCUGAGGAACGAAAGCCUUUGGAAUGUCUAGAUGCCUUUGGAGCCACUGGUAUAAUGGGAUUGCAGUGGGCAAAACAUCUUGGAAAUGCAGUCAAAGUUACAAUUAAUGACUUGAAUGAAAACUCAGUGACGUUGAUUCAGGAAAACUGCCAUUUAAACAAAUUGAAAGUUGUGGUGGACAGUAAAGAAAAGAAAGAGAGCGAUGAUCAUCUUGAAGAAGAAGAAGAGGAAAAUCUUGGUAAUAUUAAAGUGACCAAAAUGGAUGCCAAUGUACUAAUGCAUUUGAGAUCUUUUGAUUUCAUACACCUAGACCCUUUUGGAACUUCUGUGAACUACCUAGAUUCUGCAUUCAGAAACAUAAGAAACCUUGGCAUAGUAUCAGUGACUUCUACAGAUAUCAGUUCCUUAUAUGCCAAAGCACAACAUGUUGCACGACGUCACUAUGGAUGUAACAUUGUUCGAACUGAAUAUUAUAAGGAACUGGCAGCCAGAAUUGUUGUAGCUGCUGUGGCAAGAGCUGCAGCCCGGUGUAACAAAGGCAUAGAAGUACUAUUUGCAGUGGCUCUAGAACAUUUUGUCUUGGUGGUUGUGAGAGUUUUGAGGGGACCUACUUCAGCAGAUGAAACAGCCAAAAAGAUUCAGUACUUGAUCCAUUGCCAGUGGUGUGAAGAGAGAAUUUUUCAGAAGGAUGGUAAUAUGGUAGAAGAAAACCCAUAUAGACAGUUGCCAUGUAACUGUCAUGGAAGCAUGCCUGGAAAGACAGCAAUAGAACUUGGACCUCUGUGGUCAAGUUCUCUUUUCAAUACUGGGUUCCUCAAAAGAAUGCUAUUUGAAUCUGUGCACCAUGGACUGGAUGACAUUCAGACCCUAAUAAAGACAUUGAUUUUUGAAUCAGAGUGUACUCCUCAGAGUCAAUUUUCAGAUCAUGCACCUUCAAAUCUCAACAAACAAGAAGAAAAUGGUGUAUCUGUUAAAACUACAGAUGAUACAACAGAUAACAUUGCACAAGGAAAGAGAAAAAGUAGUGAAAUGAUUACAAAUUUAAUUAAGAAACAAAAGACUGACGUCAUUACUGAACAUCCUCCCUUCUAUUAUAACAUCCACAGACACAGCAUUAAAGGAAUGAACAUGCCAAAGUUAAAAAAGUUUUUGUGCUAUCUUUCUCAAGCAGGCUUUCGAUGCUGCAGAUCAAACCUGGAGCCUCAUAUUCUAGGCAAGUACUUUGGACUGAGCUGCGUCCUCAACCUUUUUUUUUUUUUUUUUAAGGCAGAUUCUUGCUGUGUUAGCCAAGCUGGCCUGGUAUUCUUAAGUAGCUGGGACUGUAGACAUGUGCUUCCAUGCUCAUGUUAUGCUUUACUAUUCUUAAUCAUGUUUUCACUUGAAGUGACCCAUGAUAUUUAUGUUUUUCUGUGGUUAGUAUACAAAUGAAAUCAAAGCCUUUUACAGAUCGAAUUAACCCUGACUAUACAGAAACAGCAUUCUUCCAGAUCACUCAUAUAUUUCACAAACACAAAGCUAAAAUAUUGUCUCAUUUUUUAAGAAAUCAUACUCCACACACUGAUCUUUUAUUACUAGCUUUUGAGAAAUGAAAUACUUGCCUGAGACAAAAAUACGUGUUUUACAAGUAUGUAGUCUAGAUGACCCAGCUUCAGCGCAAAAUUUUUGUCAAAAUACGUUAAGACCACUGCUGUAAUUGCUCACAAGUACAGAAAUCCCAGAGGAGAGAUUUUGUUAUGAAUUAAACAUGUUGGGUGAUCUCAAGUGCCUCAGUUAAUGCAUGUCCAGUAUUCAUUUGGUUAGUUGUGCUGCCUACCACUGAGAAGUAAAAACUCAUCUUACAAAGUGAAGAUUUUUUGGUUUUGGAAUUGGUUUUUUCCUUUGGUUGGUUUUUCAAGUUUUGUUGUGUGUGUAUAUUUGU